GCCGUCGUUGCUUUGUCUCUGUCGCUGUUUAUGUCGCCCUGCUUUAAAAAAAAAAAGAAAAAAAGAAAAAGCUAGCGCCGUCAGAUGAACUCCGUCUAUUUGCUGGAGUCAACCCUCAGCCUAGCCAGCGUUAGCUACAACAGGUCUUAUUGUUGUGACCAGUCGACUAACCCCUUUGUUGUGUUGUUUGACUUGUGUUUGCACUCCUGACGGAGAGGACACACUCGCCUUUCAGUGUCCGCCGUGUGUCCAGCGUCAGCCGGACUCGCUUGCUCGCAGGCUGUCGGCAUUAAAUGAUUGUUGGGUCGUUAGCUGUUGAUUUGACUCGAGUAACGCUAGCUGUGCCUAUUAGUAGCCCUGUCACAAGGCCAGCUAGGUUGACACAAACUUAGCCGAACAGUGAGCUGACACAGUCCGCUGCUUUGUAGUCCGACAGUCAACAGAGCAGCUCUUUGUUCCUCACACUUAUGUAAACCCUUAGGUUACAUUUCAGUCAUGGCUAAGUGAAUUAACGCUAACUUUGAGCUGAGCCGCCUGAACAUCGGGCUUAAAGUGGAAAGUGGUAAGUUUGAAGGUCCAUCAGCUCUCCUAAUGAUACAUCAGCAUUAAGGCUACUUCCAUACUUCCUAAGGAUGGCUAGUUGUGGGGAGGUAGACCACUCUGUUAGCUCGCUUCCAUCCAGUAAGAAAGGCAGCGGCGGCGGUGGAAGUGGAAACAGUGCCGAAUCAUCAUGCUCUGGCUCCAGCAACUCUUCCCCAGCCCUGCCUGUGCCGGAGUGUGCCAUCUGUCUGCAGAGCUGCGUCCACCCAGUCCAACUGCCAUGCCAUCACGUCUUCUGCUUCCUGUGUGUGAAGGGAGCAUCCUGGCAGAGCAAACGCUGCGCUCUCUGCAGACAGGAAGUACCGGAUGACUUCCUGGAAAGGCCUACGCUUCUCUCUCCGGAGGAGCUGAAAGCAUCAGCCGGAGGUCGGGGCGGGGCAGCGACUGAUCACGCCUGGUAUUACGAGGGCCGUAACGGUUGGUGGCAGUAUGAUGAGCGAACCAGCCGCGAGCUGGAGGACGCUUUCUCCAAGGGAAAGAAAACAGCUGAAAUGCUGAUUGCUGGUUUUUUGUACGUAGCCGACUUGGAGAACAUGGUGCAGUACCGGCGCAAUGAGCACGGUCGUAGACGCAAGAUGAAGAGAGACGUUUUGGAUAUCCCCAAGAAGGGAGUGGCGGGACUGCGUUUGGACACUGAGGGUGUUACUGGGGCUAUUGGGGGAGCAGGUCGAGAAAACUCUGCUGAUGGGGCUGAUACCACAGUUGCAGGUGUACAGCAGCAGGUUACAAGUAUCCCCUCUACUGUUACAGCCCCUCCAGCCACUGCCAGACCUCCCACUUCCCUUGGUGGACAGCCCAGCAGCACCACCAGCCCUACCCUGGAGGAUGCUCUCUCCCAGCUUCAAAUCAGCCCCAGGCCCACACCUUCUCACGAGCGGUCUGAGGCUGGGGAAGGAGAGGAAGAAGAUGAGGAAGAGGAGGCCUCGCCCUCCAGAUCCUCUGACCCUCACACCUCUGUGGACGAGUCUGGCUCUGGAGACUGGAGCGAUGACGAGGAAGAGGAGGAUGAAGAAGAGGAGGGGGGAAAUGGAGAGCGUGUGGAGCCUUGGGAGGGUAGGCCAAGGAGGCAAAGACUGAAUCCAGAGGACAGAGCCCCUCCUGGCGCAGAGUCCGCCUCCUCCCCUUCUUCGUCCAGUAGCAGUGGAAGGUCCAGAAUGCCCGAUGGCCAGUGUACAGUGACUGAAGUGUAAAGUCAUCAUUGAUCCCAUCACCACCAAAUGGCUAUGUUCCAUUUCAUUAAUUUAUUCCUCACUGUAUGCUGUCGUUCACUCUGUCACGGAUCGGUUGUGGGCGGACUGCUUGAUGCCAGAGAAAUCAACCAUAACAUUCUCCACGUUUUUAGGUAAACGACUAAAUUUUAGCAAUCAAAUUUGGUGCCUCUUCUUGGCUCACAGUGAUCUGGAUGUAUCUGUGUGAUUUGUUUGUCUCAUACAAUAUUAACCCAGCCAGUAGAAUUAGUGUUGGGUCUGGUGUUGUAGCACUGAGCGUUCUAGUACUGAGACAGAAGGUACAGCUCGGUAACAGCCAGAUGGAUACAGCACGUUGUUGUGAGCCAUGAAAACUCCGAUUUGUCUAUUCGUCACAUCAUGUGAGGUAGGUGUAUCAGACUUUGCUGCCAUCAGUCUGCCCACUUGUUGCCAUUUGGUCGCAGGCAUAUUGAGUCUGUUCUUUUUAAACUCCAGAAAAGUGGAACUUAAAAACUAAAUGUGACUCACCAACCUGCUGAUCCUGAAUACUCAGAAGGUUUUUAAGCAGUCUCGGCUAGAUCUGUGAUGUCCGAGAGGGGAAAAAGCAUAAAUGGGGAUAUUUCUCCUGGAAAUGGAACUGUGUCUUUAUCAUUAUCAUGAACGGCUGCAUUCUAAUCAUCUACACUUUAACUCUCUCAGCUAACAUAGCACGCAGAAAUGGGCUGUUAGAGCUCAAGUAAUCUGACUACUCUUGCAAAGAAUUGAAUCCUUUUAACUUGUUCCAAGCCUCCACCCGACUUGAACGAUUUUCUCACUUCAGAUUUAACUGACUAUGAAGCAUUUCCUUCCUGAUGCUGACUUAAACUUUUAGCAGUGUGUCAUUUCAUAGCAGAUUGUGGUUUGACGGAAAUCUUCAGCUUGUUUAUCCAGAUAAAGAAAGGAAACAGAAGUACUUACUGAUGCUCAUGUGGGUAUCUAAAUGUCACACUUAAUGCGCCAUAAUAAUGUAACUCUAAAGCCCACAAGAUUAUCUGGCUACCUGCCUCACGGUUUGUCUUUUGAUUUCCAUUAAGCUGCAGCUUUCUGAAAUUCUAAGAUCUGUAGAGAUUACAACUACUGUUAUAAAUGAUUGUUUGUAAUAGAAGUAUAUAUCAAAUUUAUUUUAACCUUUCCCAGCUUUAAAUAAUUGGCAUUUUAAUGUGAAGUAUCAGUGUUUUUCCUUUUUAAAGCUGUCGAGGCCUCUGUAGCACCAUUAGUAUUCUUAUCGUCCCUGACUAAAGUAUUCUGAAUUGGUGUGUUUCUAAAGUUUUGUGAUUUGUGCAUGUUUGAAGAGAGAGUUAUUUAAACACUACUGGUUGGCAGAACGUUGAGAAUUGAACGUUUUAGGAUUGACUUUUGAGUACACGGUUUUUAAUUUGUUUCUGUUUUUUGUGUUUCUUAUGGUUGUAAAUCCUCUUCUGUAUGACGUCUGAGAACAAGAACAUGCCAUUGCGAUUGGCCAUGCUGCAGAGAUUUCAAGUUAUGUUAUUUUUAUAUUUCUUACAUGCUUACACCAUCGGCUCAGUCUUAGACUUUCCAUUCUGAAGAAUUUAAGUUUGUGUAACAGUUUUUGCUUGGCAACUUUUUUUUUUUUUUUGUUU